GAUCGGGCUUUUGGAGUAAGUUGAAGGCCUUUUAGCGAUAUAGAUGAGCAAACAAACAAGCGCCCUAACGCCUUGUUUGUUGCACUCGAAUUCAAUGGCGUUCAUCACAAGAUUAGUCGGCUGCAGUCAUUCUGUUUCUCCGUUUCUCCUCACUUUCCGCAGAGCAAUUGCUUUCAAGCUUUUUGUUGGAGGACUAUCCUUUCACGCGACAGAGAAAACAUUGUCAGAUGCAUUCUCAAAUUAUGGACAAGUUGUUGAAGCUAAAGUUAUAAAGGAUAGGGUAUCGGAGAGAUCUAAAGGGUAUGGAUUUGUCACUUUUGCUUCACAAGAUGAGGCUGAGAAUGCCAUAGCAGAGAUGAAUGAAAAGGCACUAGACGGGCGCGUUAUCUUUGUUGAUUAUGCAAAACCAGAUACUAAACGUAGUAUGGGAAUGCCAAUUGCCAGAGGACCUCCUGAAGAUCGGAUCCAACAACCAACUGUUGAUUCCCCUCAGGACACAUGAGAGACGAUGUUACAAAUAGGAUCAAACUUCUCUGAGGCAAGCAAUUUGCUACAUUAGAAUGCAAAGUAAGUAAUCUCAACGGAUGGAUUAUUUUACAUGUACCUGCAUAACAAAUUGUGGAUGUGAUGGAAUAUCAAAAUUCUGUUGGGAUUACUUAUUCUAUUCUCUGAAGUGAAUUGUUCAUUUUAAAGGAGUUGAAUCAAUAAAAAUAGCAGAGUUUUCUUUCAUCGGUUCUUACUUGCAUAUGAAGGAAUGAGUUUAUUGAGGUUAUAGAUCCAUACAACUAUUAGAAGGAUUGCUCAGUGAUAACUGAUGGAUUUCUGUAAUAGGGAAAUAGCUUCUUUAAGUGAGCUUGUAUAUAAAGUGAGAAGAUAAAGUGUGUUUUCACCUCUAGAUUCUUGUAUGUUAAGGUUAAGAUUAAGAUUAUGAUAACUCUGUAUGCUUUAAAUUAAAUCAAUGGUGAAUAUAGGCUUAUUUGCUUCCUUUAGAGGCGAUCUCAAGCAUUCA